UCGCGACCUGGAAUCAUUUGACGUUCAUCAUCGCCACUUCCCUAAUAUCUCGCCUUUGACUUCACCCAAGUCUCUACUAGUUAAAGGCGAACAGAUCACAAGAGUAGCACUUAUUGUCAAUCGCAUCUGCUUAGCUCUACUCGACCCAAGCUGCCCCUGAGCGGCUGGGGAGCUGUACCUUGUUCAAGAUGGCUCACCAGUGGAUCAACGUCCAGCAAAAGACAUUUACAAAAUGGAUGAACACGAAGAUUUCGCAGCGAGGUUUGGUAGUCAAAGACCUCGUGACUGAUUUGAGUGAUGCUGUCCUUCUAAUACACCUGCUCGAAUGCCUGUCAUGCGAAUCCUUAGGACGAUAUGCGGCGAAACCGAAACUACGAGUCCAAAAGUUCGAGAAUGCCAACACGGCUCUCGACUACAUCAAGUCGAGAGGGAUCCAGAUGACAAAUAUCGGCGCCGAAGAUGUGGUAGACGGCAAUCGUAAGAUUAUCCUGGGUCUUAUUUGGACCCUUAUUCUGAGGUUUACCAUCAGCGACAUCAACGAAGAGGGUAUGACAGCCAAAGAAGGUCUGCUUCUGUGGUGUCAACGCAAAACGGCAUGCUAUGACGAAGUCGAAGUUCGAGAUUUCAGUAGUAGCUGGAAUGAUGGCCUUGCUUUCUGUGCGCUGUUAGAUAUCCACCGACCCGAUCUCAUCGACUAUGACGCAUUAGACAAAUCAGAUCAUCGCGGAAACAUGCAAUUGGCGUUCGAGAUCGCUCAUAAGGAGAUUGGGAUCCCUGAGCUGUUGGAUGUUGAGGAUGUUUGCGACGUUGCUAAGCCGGAUGAGAGGAGUUUGAUGACCUAUAUCGCCUACUGGUUCCACGCCUUCUCGCAAAUGGAAAAAGUCGAGAACGCUGGUCGACGAGUCGAGAAGUUUGUUAACAAUAUGCAAGGCGCAUGGGAGAUGCAGAGCGCCUACGAGAGGCGGAUGGCUGAGCUGUUGAGACUUAUCAGGGAGCAAAUGGAACAAUGGCAACAAGCGACUUUCGAAGGAACGUACAUCGACGCAAAGAGGCAAGCAGUUGAGUUCUCAUCUUACAAGAAGGGCAAGAAAAGAGACUGGGUCGCAGAGAAAAGUGAUCUAGCCACGUUAUUAGGAAACAUCAAGACUAAGUUGGGAACGUACCGACUUAGAGUCUAUGAACCGCCACCGGAGCUAUCCUUGGAAACUACGGAUAGAGAAUGGGCGAGGUUGACAGAGUCUGAGAUGAUUCGUGCCCAGCUGAUUAACGAGACCAUCAGAGAUAUCAAGAAUGCCCUUCGUAAGUCAUUCGCCGACAAGGCGAACGACUUUGCCCUGGCUCUUAACACCAUGCAAAUCGCUAUCUCGGGUCUCGAGGGCGACGUAGAAGACCAGCUGCUGCACGUGCGGAAGCUGAGCGACAACCUACCACCACUGGAUGCUUACCUGGACAAGAUCGCGGCCGUCGAUGAAAAGUGCCAGGAGGCCAACAUCGAAGAGAAUGACUUUACGACAUACACCUACGACGAGCUACAAUACGAGUUAGGUCUUGUGAAGUCGUCCGUUCAGAAGAAGCUAGCGUUCCUCGAGAAUCAAAUGGUGGCACGGAGCAUGACGAACUUGACGCCUAUUCAGCUCGAGGAGUUCGAAUCCGUGUUCCGCCAUUUCGAUCGUGACGACACAAACUCGCUGUCGGAGCUCGAAUUCUCGGCCGCGCUUGCAAGUCUAGGAUUGGUGUUUAGCGAGGACGAGAUGCACGACUAUUUCCUCGAGACAUCUCAUGGCCGUGACCGCGUUACCUUUGAGCAGUUCAUUCGAUUCAUGGUAGACGUGACAGAAGAUCAAAAUACAGCCGAGCAGGUCUUCCAGUCCUUCCGUGAGGUCGCUGACGGCAAACCUUACGUCACCGAGAUGGAUCUCCGUCACUCACUUGUGCCCGACGAGGUAAUCGAAAAGCUCUGUGAGAUCGUGCCCCCUCACAAUGGUCCCGACAUGGCCCAGGACCGCGGCGUUCCCCAAUUCGAUUACAUCAGCUUCAUGGAAAAGAUGAUCUCCGGCCCGCAGCAAAGCAGCAAGCCGGGAAGCAGAGGCAGCAGUAGUGCUUCAGGGGGCCCGCUUCAAGAUAUAACGAACGGCCGCGUAAGCCCUACCAAGAAGGCUAACGGAAAUCACUGACCUCUCGCACAAACCUCUUUCCCCCCUUUUUCUCCCUCGGUCUCUCAUUCGCUGAAACUUUAGCUUCCUCUUCUUUUCUCUUUUUCUAUUUUAUCUCCCUUCAAGUACCUAAGUUUGAGGCGGGCGGUCAGGGGCAGACAACACGCACGGGCUCGAGAAUGUUGCACCUACACCUUUUCUAAACCCGCCCUAUUCCUUUUUCCCUUUUUUUUUUAAUCAGGCUGAUGCUGGAGACAGGCUCGUGGAGUGUGAAAGGGGAGGGUUAUGUGUACAGGCAUGGAUUACUUAGGUAUAGGUAAUAGGUAUGUACUAGGUCGGGCAGGCAGGCAGGAGUAGUAGGCAAGGUAGUAGUAGUAGGUACCCUACAUACUAUCCUAUGUAGGUACAUAGCAGGCAUGGACUAGGUGUAAAAAGAAAACAACAAAAACAAAAAAAAGCCCCCCCUCCCAAGUCAAGUCAAGCCAAGCCAAGCCAAUCCAAUCCAAGUCAAAAAUAUUGAAGAACGAGGAAUAUAUAUAUGUAUA